GUGCUCUGCCAUUGUAACGGCGUUAUGAGCUGUCGUUUUGCUAUAUAUAACCCUCUCAGUUUUCAAGUUUCAACAACGAUCUUUUCCCUCUCAUAUUUCUCUCUCUCUCUCUCUGUGCUGAGUGAAACAUUUUAAUGGUUGCGUAAAUUUGAAGAGUGGUAUAAACGUCUGAGUGUUUUGUUGGAAUUUUUUUGGUUUUUUUAUUUCAUCACUGGUUGGAAAUCUCGAAAUGGGAAAGAAAGACCAGCAGCAGAGAGAUGAACAGUGCAAAGAAAAUGCAAGAGUGGAAGCAGUUCUUCAGCUUCUGAGAAGACAAGCUCCACUCACAGUCAAACAGGAGAAGUUCUGCAACACUGCUUGUGUUGAGAGGUUUUUGAAAGCAAAAGGAGAUAGUGUUAAGAAGGCAGCCAAGCAACUUAGGGCUUGCCUUUCAUGGCGACAGAGUGUUGGAACUGAGAACUUGAUAGCAGAUGAGUUCUCAGCUGAACUCGCUGAAGGCGUUGCCUACACGUCUGGACAUGAUGAAGAAUCCAGACCUGUUGUGAUUUUCCGGAUUAAACAAGAUUACCAGAAGUUCCAUUCACAAAAACUGUUCACUCGCUUGUUGGUAUUCACGCUGGAGGUGGCGAUUGAGUCCAUGCUCAAAAACGUCGAGCAGUUCGUCCUCCUUUUCGACGCAAGCUUUUUCAGGUCAGCUUCUGCUUUUAUGAACUUGUUGGUGGCAGCACUGAAAAUUGUGGCAGAGUACUACCCAGGACGGCUCUUCAAAGCGUUUGUAAUUGACCCCCCCACGAUGUUCUCGUAUCUUUGGAAGGGUGUUCGACCGUUCGUUGAGCUUUCAACGGCCACGAUGAUGGUGUCGUCGCUAGACUUUGAGGAGUCGUUGGAUUUCAGUGACUUCUCGAACUACCCGCGAGCCUCGUCCCUUCGAUUCGACCCCUCCUCAAUCAAAUCAACGCCCAAGAUCGGCUCCUGCUCAUCCUCCCGCUUCUCCUUCACUGUCGCUCAGCAUCAGUUCGACUCCCUCAAGCCUUGGUACCUCAGCCUCACAGACACGUCAGCAUCCAAAGUAGGGCCCACCACACCCUCCCCGCUGGGACCCGCGCUCAUCUCUCCGCUAAACGCCCGGUCCUUCUCCUUCGCAUCCCCCGCCGCCAGAACGGCACGUGGAACAAUCCAUGGCUACGGCAACUCCGCUGCCAUGAGAAAGAGCCUGUUCCCGUCGACCCCACUCCCCCAACGGUGCCCAGGCAUCGAGGCCAGCCGGACUCCUCACCACCGCCAGCCGCCGCGGACCCCACGUCCCUCGUUCCUCCAAUCUCCGGCCACGUUCUUCCGCAGGGAGAGCCACGUUAGCAGGACGGAGAAGUCCCGGGAGUCCUUCGCGCCCUUCUUGAAGUUCUACAGGAGGCCGUACGACGAGAUGAUCUACAGGUCAAAGAUGCGGCCCCCACUGGGCGGACUCAUCUCCAUCGUCUCUCCCCAACUCAGGCGCCGCCACGUGUCGGUAUCGCAACGGUUCUGAACCCAGAAAAAGAAAAAGAGAAGUACAUAGAAAUUGUUAAAUUGACAAAUGAGUCCUUUUGACGAGAGCAGUAAUAAUUGAUUAAUUAUUUUGCAAAGUCCAACUCUCCUCGGGCAUUAAAUUACCGAGACGACGACGUACUAGGCAAGGUGUGAGAGGCUGUGCACCAUUGUCUAAUUUUGAAAUGUGUAGGGUUUUAAUUUUUAUUUUAAUUUUUCACAAAGUCUAA